AUGAACAUACAGAAAGAAAGGAAAAAAACAGAAAUAGAAGAAAGACAUUUCUUUGUAAAUAGAAAUAUUGAACGUGCACAUAAUAAUAUUAGAAGUGCAGAUGAGAAAUAUUCUAAGAAUAUAAUUUGUAACCAAAAAUAUUCAUUAUUUACGUUCAUUCCAUUGGUAUUUGCACAGCAAUUAAAGCACUUUCUUAACAUAUUCUUUAUGCUGGUUAUAAUUCUGCAAUUAUUUCCACCUGUGCGUGUGUCACACCCCCUCACUUCAAUAUUUCCAUGGGCACUUGUUCAGGUGUUUGUGUACAUUAAAGAGGGCACAGAUGACUACAAGAGGUAUAAAAGGGAUAAGGAGGCUAAUGAUAAGCAGUGCACACGCUAUACAGUGGGCGGUGCCAUUAGAGUGCCUGCCUCAGAAUUGGCAGUUGGUGAUCUUAUAAUUGUAACUAAAGAUGAAAGAGUCCCUGCUGAUGCGAUUCUACUAAAGACCGAGGAAGUGAACGGGUCUAUUUUUGUGCGAACAGAUCAGCUGGAUGGGGAGACAGAUUGGAAAAUUAAAAUGAGUCACAGCGUAUUCCAGCAGAUGGAUGGGUUUGACAAAGUUGCCAAGAGUUAUUUUGAGGUUAUUGCUGAGCCACCAAGUAAGGACAUAUACUCAUUCAAUGGCGAAUUAUUAGUUGGUGAUACACAGCAUAAAGUGCAUGAAGAUAAUAUGCUAUGGAUGAACAUGGUGAUAGCAAGUGGCACAUCACUCUGUGUGGUUGUGUAUACGGGGAAGGACACACGUGCAGUUAUGAACACAACAAAGGCAAGGAACAAAUCAGGACUAAUCGAUAAAGAAUUGAAUUUUUAUACGAAAAUACUGUGUUCUAUGUCAUUCUCAUUUGCGAUUUUGUUUACUGUGCUGCGAGGUACGUAUUCUAUGUGGUACAUUACACUCGUUCGGUUUUUGAUCAUUUUUUCAACGGUCAUUCCAAUAAGUCUUAGGGUGAACAUUGACUGGGCCAGAGUGGUAUACGCAAGAGGGAUGGAAGCUCAUUCAGAUACACCAAUUGUUGUGCGUAACAGUAAUAUUCCAGAAGAGCUUGGGAGGAUAUCUUAUUUACUGACGGAUAAGACAGGAACACUCACCACGAAUGAAAUGGAAAUUAAGAAAAUGCACACGGGUGAUUUAUGCUACACUCCGGAUUUUAUUCAGGAAAUAUACGAAAUGAUCACUAACCCGAAAUCACCAGCGGAUCUUACUGCAUGUGAGCUAUUAAUUGCAAUGUGUCUGUGUAACAAUGUAAUACCGUAUGCAGAAAACAAUAAGAUAGGAUAUAUUUCAUCCAGUCCAGAUGAGAUGGCUAUGGUAAGAUGGGCUGAAAAAGUGGGAAUAACUCUGUGGGGAAGAGGGCCGGGCUGGGUUGAAAUAAAAACUGCAGAUUCAAAAAAAAGGUACGAGCUACUUCACACAAUCCGAUUCACAAGUGAAAGGAAGUGCAUGGGAGUUGUUAUAAAGAGUGAAGACAAAGUGUACUUAUACAUGAAGGGAGCAGACAGUGUUAUGAAGAAACUCAUCAUAGGAAAGGACUGGAUGGAAGAAGAAGCACAGUCAAUGGCAAAGGAAGGACUUAGAACAAUGGUAUUCGGAAGGAGGUUAGUUUCUGAAGAAGAAGUUAAAGAAUUAGCACAGACUCAUACGAUAUCCGAAGAUGGCUUGGAUUUACUUGGUGUGACGGGUGUAGAGGACAAAUUACAAGAUGACGUAAGAGUCUCACUAGAAACACUCAGAAAUGCAGGAAUAAAAAUAUGGAUGCUUACAGGAGACAAAGUGGAAACAGCUAGGUGCAUCGCAGUUUCAUCUAGAUUAUUCUCCAGAUGCAGCCAGAUCCUUACCAUAACAGACAUAAAAACACGGCAGGAUGCUGAUUUAGCAAUUAAAAGAAUAGAAAGAGAAAAGGACUGUUUAGUGAUAGACGGAGGAAGUCUUCAAAUUCUCAUGGAUAUGUACAAAACAGAAUUUAUUACUGCUGUUUCUAUGCUAGCGGCCGUUGCGUGCUGCAGAUGCUCUCCCACACAGAAAGCAGAAAUUGCAAAGGAGGUUUCAAGAAUAACAAAAAAGCGAGUGUGCUGCAUAGGAGAUGGGGGGAAUGAUGUGAGUAUGAUUCAGCAGGCAAAUGUUGGUAUUGGAAUUGUUGGAAAAGAAGGCAGGCAGGCAUCACUCGCAGCAGAUGUAAGUGUGAAUGAAUUCAAAGCGAUUGUUGACUUAAUCCUGUGGCACGGAAGGAAUUCGUAUAAGAACACUGCAAAGCUGGCACAGUUCAUAAUCCACAGGGGAACUACUCUUGGAAUAGCACAGGGAAUAUUUUCAUCACUUUUCAAUUUCUGUCCUAUAUCCAUAUACCAAGGUAAAAUUUCAAUUGGAUACGUUACAUUUUAUACAUUCUUGCCUGUGUUCAGUAUUGUUCUGUCUAAGGAUAUGUCUAAGAAAGUGUCAAGAAAGUUCCCAGAGUUAUACUCUGACAUAUCAAAUGGAAGUGUUCUUAAUAAUAGUACAUUCAGUACGUGGAUGUUCAUGGGGUACUACCAGGGAGUGGUAAUUAUGAUACUUACACUGUUUUUAUUUGAAAGUGCAUUAAUUCAGUUGGUAAGUAUCACAUUCUCGUGUUUAGUACUGAAUGAGUUAUUAAUGGUGUUCCUGUGCGUGAGUAAAGUUCAUAAUUUAAUGAUCAUUGCACAGAGUAUUUCUAUCCUCUUGUACUUCCUUAGCUUUAAGGUGUUAUCCGAUGAAAUACAAAUACCAAGUGAGUGGAAGAAGUUCUUACUGCAGAUUCUACUUGUGAAUAUUAUUGCAAUUCUUCCUGCUAUAGUACAGUACGCCUGGAGAAUUUGGAUGAAUCCUCCUAGUUAUAGAAAAAUUCAGGCAACUUACAGUUACUGAUUAGUAUAAAAAUACUGUUAUUUAUUGAUA